AUGAAGGUGGCCGUCUUCGUACUUCUUGCUCUUGGAGCCUUCGCUCGUGCUGAUGACAGUGACAAUACUCUGGAAACAGCAAUCAAUUUCGUCAAGGACUGCAGAGGCGAUUACAUUUUGUGUGUUAAGGAGAAAUUAUUGAGAAUCGUUGACAAUUUGAGGGCUUCCCGCAGCGUUGCGAUCGCUGAAGGUGUUAUUUUAAAAGGAGAGCCAGAUGUUAGAGCUGGAAAAAAACUUGACACCUUACCUGUCGACCCUUCUGCCAGAGAUGCUGAAGUUAACUACAGACUUAUGGACGGAGUCGUCAGCCUCUUCGAAACUCACGCUCUCGAGGUUAAAAUGAACCAAGCCGAUAAGGAGGAAAUGCAGCGAUCCCUCGAAGAAGGCCGUGGAAAGAAGAAGGGAGGAAGUGGCAUUGGAGCCAUCAUUGGUCUGCUGGGUGCUAAGGUGCUCCUCGGCAAACUUUUCAUUGUGAAGCUUAUCGCCCUUAAGGCUUUGGCCACCGCUAAGAUUGCCCUCGUACUUGCCGUCAUUCUGUUCGUCGCUUGGUGCCUGAAACAGGAACACACCAAGACAACCUAUGAAGUCGUGCCCCACGCCCACCAUCACGAGAGCCACCCUGUUCACAUCGAUCACUUGUCCCACGAUGUCAGCCAUGGGCAUGGAUUUUCUGGCUACGGAUCUGACUGGAACAAAAACAUUGAUGACGCCCAGAAUUUGGCUUAUGGCGCCUAUGCUCCUCACAAGUAA